UAGAAAAAAGGCUAUCUUUGAAGUAUUUCAUUAUAGAGGAUUUUUACGAAGAGCUAUUUCUUUAGGAAAAGCUCAAUUAAAAUUAGAUUCUCUGGCUGGAAAAGCUGAAAUUCACGAAGUUCUUGAUCUUGUGGACAAUAAUCGUAAACCAACAGGUGGCAAAUUGGAAGUUCGGUUACGUUUAAGGUCUCCCUUACUUAAGCCGGAUAUUAUACAAAAGACUGAAAAGUGGUUGGUCGUUCAUGGUUUCAACCUCAAUAAUCCUAUAGCAAAUACUCAAGUUUCGGCACCAUCACCUAAGGUAGCAUCCGUUAAAUCCAGCUCCGUUACAUCGCAAUCAGAUCCACUAGGAUUACCGACGGCGUCUGAUCCUUCUACACAAAAAAAAGGAUUACCAACAACAUUGGAUCCUUCCACACCAAUAAAAGGAUUGCCAACAGCGUCGGAUUCUUCCACACCAAUAAAAGGAUUGCCAACAGCGUCGGAUCCUUCUACACCAAUAAAACAGCAAACACCUGCCAAGUCUAGUACUCCAAGUGUUAAGAAGACUUCAAACACGAUAGCUAACACGCCAACUCAAGUUCAUAACAAACUACCAUCACAGGUAUCAACACCUGUGUCAAAACCUAAUCCAUCUGUGACUAACG